CGCACGCUGCAGCCGCGGCUGGAAGAUGGCGGGGAACGACUGCGGCGCGCUGCUGGACGAAGAGCUCUCCUCCUUCUUCCUCAACUAUCUCGCUGACACGCAGGGUGGUGGAUCCGGGGAGGAGCAGCUGUGUGCUGACUUUCCAGAGCUCGACCUGUCCCAGCUGGACACCAGCGACUUUGACACAGCCGCAUGCUUUGGGGAGAUGCAGUGGUGCCCAGAGCCUUCAGAGACAGAGUCCAGCCAGUACAGUCCUGAUGACCCCGAGCUCUUCCAGAUUGACAGUGAGAAUGAAGCUCUCCUGGCUGCGCUCACCAAGACCCUGGAUGACAUCUCUGAAGAUGAUGCGGGGCUGGCUGCCUUCCCAGGCCUGGAUGGAGGAGACAGGCCAUCCUGUGCCCCAGCUUCACUUGCUCCUUUAUCUGUGCCCCCCAGCCCCGCCCUAGAGAGACUCCUAUCUCCAGAGUCUGAAGUGGAUGAGCUCUCACUGCUGCAGAAGCUCCUCCUGGCCACAUCCUCCCCAGGAGCAAAUUCUGACGCUCAGAAGGACGGGGCCGCCUGGCGCCAGGCCAGCCUCAGGUCCAGAAGUCAGCAGCCUUGUGUCAAGGUGGACAGCACCCAGGACAAGAAGCUCCCCGGGCUGCGUUCUCAUAGUCGGGCUUGUACAGAACUGCAUAAGCACCUCACCUCGGUGCUGCCCUGCCCCCAAGUGAAAGCCUGCCCCCCAACCCCAUGCCUAAGUUCCCCACUCCUCUCCAAGGAAGAUGAUGAGGCAGGGAAGGACUGCUCAAGCCCCUGGCCAGCUCUGGCCUCUCCCCAGGACUCUCCAGCACAGGACAGGACCAGCCCCAGCAGUGCCCAGGCUCCCCAGGAGGACAUGCAGGUCAUGGUAGAACUCAUUCGCUACAUGCACACCUACUGCCUGCCCCAGAGGAAGCUGCCCCCAAAGGCCCCAGAGCCAGUCCCCCAGCCAUGCAGCAGCCCCUCCAGGAAGGUCCCAUCCCGGCCCCGAAACCGCACCAAAACCUCCUGGACUGAGUUUUCUAUCCUGAGGGAACUUCUAGCCCAGGAUGUCCUCUGCGAUGUCAGUAAGCCCUACCGCCUGGCCACACCUGUCUAUGCUUCCCUCACACCUGGGUCCAGGCCCAGGCCCUCCAAAGACAACAAGGCUCCCCCUGCCUACUCUUCCCUGGCAGAAGAGGUGAGGAUCACGGCUUCCCCCAGGAGUGCUGGGCCCAGACCCAGCCUGCGCCCUCUCAGGCUGGAGGUGAAACGGGAUGUCAGCCGGUCUGCCAGGCUGAAACAGGAAGAAGAGGAGGAGGAGGAAGAAGAGGAAGAAGAAGAAAAAGAAGAGGAGGAAGAGGAGUGGGGCAGGAAGAGGCCAGGCCGAGGCCUACCAUGGACCAAACUGGGGAAGAAGCUGGAGAGUUCUGUGUGCCCUGUGAGGCGCUCUAGGAGAUUGAACCCGGAGUUGGGCCCCUGGUUGACAUUCACUGAUGAACUGCUGGUCCCCUCGGAGCCCCAAGGUCCUCUGCCCUCACUGUGCCUGGCUCCAGAGACCUAUGACGUGGAGGAGGAGCUGGGCAGCCCCUCCGAUGAGGACAGUGCCCAAGACCAGCAGCUCCUCCAGGGACCUCAGAUCCCUGCCUUGGAGAGCCCCUGUGAGAGCGGGUGUGGGGACACGGAUGAAGACCCGAGCUGCCCACAGCUCCCUUCCAGAGACUCCUCCAGGUGGCUCAUGCUGGCCUUGUCACAAAGUGACCCUCCUUUUGGCAAGAAGAGCUUUGAGCAGUCCUUGACAGUGGAGCUUUGUGGCACAGCAGGACUCACCCCACCUACCACACCUCCAUACAAGCCCACAGAGGAAGACCCCUUCAAGCCUGAAACCAAGCACAGCCCAGGUCAAGACACAGCUCCCAGCCUCCCCUCCCACGAGGCGCUCCAGCUCUCAGCCCCUCCCGCGGCCUCCCAGAAGCUGCCCAAGAGGCACCCAGAGAGGAGCGAGCUCCUGUCCCACCUUCGGCAUACCACAGCCCAGCCAGCCUCCCAGGCUGGCCAGAAGCGCCCCUUUUCCUUCUCCUUUGGAGACCAUGACUACUGCCAGGUGCUCAGGCCAGAAGGUGCCCUGCAGAGGAAGGUGCUGAGGUCCUGGGAGCCAUCUGGGGUCUGCCUGGAGAACCAGCCCCAGCAGGAUACCUCCCUGCAGGCUGAGACAAAGACCCUUGGGAGGGAGGUAGACCAGAGCUCUGAAUCUCUCCCCAAGGACAGCAUGCAGCUUCGAGACCAUGAGAUUCGUGCCAGCCUCACAAAGCACUUUGGGCUGCUGGAGACUGCGCUGGAGGAUGAAGACCUGUCCUCGUGCCGAAGCCCUGAGUACGACACCGUGUUUGAGGACAGCAGCAGCAGCAGUGGCGAGAGCAGCUUCCUCCUGGAGGAGGAAGAGGAGGGGGAGGAGGAGGAUGGAGAGGACUCAGGGGUUAGCCCUCCUCACUCUGACCACUGCCCCUACCAGAGCCCACCCAGUAAGGCCAUUCGGCAGCUCUGUUCCCGAAGCCGGUCAAGUUCUGGCUCUUCAUCCUGCCGUUCAUGGUCACCAGCUUCCCGGAGGAAUUUCAGAUGUGAAAGCAGAGGGUCCUGUUCAGAUGGAACCCCAAGUGCCCGGCAUGCCAGGAAGCGGCGGGAAAAAGCCAUUGACGAAGGCCGCAUGGUAUACAUUCGAAAUCUCUCCAGUGACAUGAGCUCUCGAGAGCUGAAGAGGCGCUUCGAGGUGUUUGGUGAGAUUGUAGAGUGCCAGGUACUGACCAGAAGUAAGAGAGGUGAGAAACACGGCUUCAUCACCUUCCGGUGUUCAGAGCACGCUGCCCUGUCCUUGAGGAAUGGCGCCACCCUGAGGAAGCGCAAUGAGCCAUCCUUCCACCUGAGCUACAGAGCACUCCGGCCCUUCCGCUGGCCCAGAUACACUGACUAUGAUCCCACUUCAGAAGAGGCCCUUCCCUUGUCUGGGAAAAGCAAGUAUGAAGCCAUGGAUUUUGACAGCUUACUGAAAGAGGCCCAGCAGAGCCUGCGUUGAUAUCAGCCUUAACCUUCGAGGAAUACCUCAAUACCUCAGACAAGGCCCUUCCAAUAUGUUUACGUUUUCAAAGAAAUAAGUAUAUGAGGAGAGCGAGCGAUCAAGAACACACAUGAAAGACUUGAACCUGCUAUCGUUUCCUUUUAAAAACAAAUCAAUGUUUACAUUGAACAAAGCUGCUUCUGUCUGUGAGUUCCCAUGGUGUUGAUGCUCCACUGCCACGUUAGUGUCCUCGUUCCCAGGGGGCUGUCCUGGGUGCACCUCGAAGUGCUGGGUCAGUCUCCCUCUGCCCCUCCUGCCCACUGAAUUCCUCUCGUAGACUUGCAGCUAUGUUCACCAUAACAUCUCGUCUGUAGUGUGUGAUGAUGAAAUUGUUACUCGUGAAUAGAAUCAGGAUUAUAAACUCAUUUUUAAUUGAAGAAAAAAAGUAUAUCCUUAAAAUAAUGUAUUUAUGGCUCAGAUGUACUGUGCCUGGGAUUAUUGUAUCGCUUCCUUGAUUUUUAACUAUGCACUGUCAUGAGGUGUUUGCUACUGAGCUGCACUGCUCCCCUGGCCACAUCAUCCUGGAGGUGCUGGGUGGCCACUACGCUGGUCCCCAGGAAGGAGUGGCCUGCAGUGCCAACUAUGAAGAGUGGAGAGAGGCGGCCAGGCAUCUCCUGCCAAGCCCUGCUCUGCCUGUUAUUUGAGUGAGUUUGACUCCAGUUAUAAUGUGAGCCCCCUUCCCAUGCCCAGCUGACACUUGGGAGUACCUGUCUGUUAGUAAGUGCUCAGAGCCUCGAGUGCCUAUGAGGAAGGGGAAGACCUGGCCUGAGGUCCCAUGGCCAGGGGCAGGCAGAACAGUGGUUCCCACAAGGCUGGGCCUCCUGGACCAAGACUGCUAUAGGAGCUGGCAGAAAGUUCAGGGGCUGGAGAGGUGAGUUCGGCUAAGCUGGGCAACAGACUAGAAGCCUAGAAGCCCAACGGCUCAUUUAGGGGUAGGUCAGCAGUUGACUCACCAGCAUUAAGGCAAAUUCAAGCUCUAGCAUAUGCUCAGGUGUGCCCUCAGCUUUGAUCCUUCGUCACCCUGUGGCUUGCCUUGCCUGUGGGGCAAGGCACAAAGCUUUGUGACACCUACAGUACAGACUCCAUCUAGGAGCAGUCAUGGGGGCGGGGCAACUGCCAAGCCAUCCUAUAUCCUGUUCCUCCUCUGUAACUUUGUAGGUGGGGUGGGACAGGGCCUAGGAGAUUGUGAGGGUUAGGGGUAAAAAAGGCACUCCCAAGUUUCCCUCCACCUCCUGGAGCCUUCACUGUGGGCUCUACUUCAAACUGUUUUUUAUCACUGUCUAAGCCAUGUCUGGUAUGACAUUCUGAGGUGCCUCAGGGCCCUUCAUGAGGGAGAGCCAGCCAGGCAGAUUGUGAACUCUUGUGCUUCACACUGAGUAGCUCCUCCUUGAUCUUGGGACAUUUUCUUUUUUAAAAAAUUCUCUGCCACUUUAAGAAAGUUUGAAAGUGACUUAUUAAACUAACCAAGCUAAAUUAAUCUCCUACUGAUGCCCUACCCCUUUGAGAAUUGGUGAUUGAAUUUUUUUUAUGAUUAUCAAAUACCUCAGUAGAGAAAGUGAGCCAUGCAUGAUCUUGUGCUGGGUAUUAGGGAUGUGCCCCAUCCAUAGAUAAGCCUGGAGGGCACAGGCUUCAGCAGAAAUAGGCAAAUUGAGUACCUGUGUGUCAAAUUAAUUGACCUCUCUGGACCCCAGUUUCCUUUUCUGCGAAGUAGACUGAGAGAGAAAGAUAGUGCCAAUGCGGACAUAAUUGAUCAUAACACUAAUUUUUUAAAACCUGGUUAUGCAGUUAGCAUGCUCUGAGCAGUCAUUACUAAUUAGUGUUUAAUCUAUUUGACAUCCUGAUCUAAUGUUUGAAAGACUCCCGUUGUUCAUAUAGGUAUGUUGACUGGAUUUUGUGCUGGCCCAUCCCUGUCAUGUCCUAAUUCACCAGAGAAAAUGCCCCUGAAGGAAGCCAUUACUUGACAUAAGACUCCUAAUAGUGCUGUGACACACAACCGUCUUGGGGUGGGGGAGACAGCAAACAGAAACAUAACAAGAGAAGGCAGAGCUUGCAAGGAGAGACCAGACAGAGGGACUUCCACAGCACAGACCAAUGUUCUGAAUUCCUUUAUAGCUGUUCACUGCCUGGCAUAUGGUAGGCACAUUAAAAACUGGGUAUGGGAUGGACUAGAAUUACAGUUCUCCAGCUGCAUCCUGUAAGACCUGAUCUGUAAUGAAAGGGGAAAGUAAAUGUUUACCCUGAAAUCACCUGAUGGGAAAGAGACUAGAUUUAGUUUGGAAAGCUGUGUGAGUUCUGACCCCACCAAGAAUUUCCUUUGUGGCUUUGUGGAGUCCCUUCUUCCUGGGCCUCAUAGUGUAGGAGUUGCCCAGGUAACCUGGGCUGCCUCCUGUUUGCCACCUCCUGUUUGCUUUCUCAGUUGUACCAGGCCAGAUGAUGGCCAGGUUCUCAGCAAAGAAUGAGUCUCUUUUUUCCCCUUUAGGGUUAGCUGGAGCUGCCCAGCCAGUUAAUCCAGGGCACUUGAAGUCAUUUAGAUGUCAGCUCUUAAGCAGAGCAGAGCCCUGAGCCUGGCAUUGGGGACCAUAUACCAAAAGUAUACUGCUGGGAGCCGUGAACGGGGAAGAUGCCUGCCAAGAGUGUCCAGUAAUCUCCAAUUGCCCUCCCAUGCAAAAGAAGAUUCCCAAUUCUGCAGAUGACCAGCCCUGCAAAUGACCUCCCUCCGGAAGAUUCACUUGGUGCUGUGUAUCAUUCACCAAGGAGACCGGCAGGUCCCUCAAGGACCAUGAGUCCAUCUUGGUCUCUUUCCCACCAAAUUAAGGAGUAACCCAGAGGGAGCAGCUGCUCUUGGCAACCAUCUCGUUGUAGUUCUGUGCUAGUGUGUCUCAAUGAUGUUUACGUGUGAUUGCCAUACAGCUUCCUGUAGACUGUGUUGACAGCCACCCGAGAAGGGCAGGCUUGCUGUUAUCUCUGUGCCGUGCUAGUAUUUCCCAGGAAUGUCCAAUCCAGUCACUAAGUGGAAUUCUUCCAUCUCCUUCCUCAGUCGGUACAAGGCUGAAUCAGAGCUCACUCUCUGGGGGGACUCUGGUUACUGAAGGAAAAUGCAUCAAAUAGGUAAAGAAUAUGAGUGGUUGGAGUGCAGCUAAGGCCCCUACCCACCCCCAAUACAUUGCACCUCCCACUAGAAAAGUCCUAGUGAGUCAGAAGGCAGCCAUCCCAUGCCUGCACGUGCCUGGAGCUCUUGCAGCAUCUAGGGUACAGCAGGGCUCCUGGAGUUGGGGGGAGUGCUCCAAGCCAGCCGCAAAGACAGCCUUCAAGUCGUGACGUAGACAUGCAAUAAAGAUGUCUUUUGUGGCCUAGAGCCUUGUAGGCUAGUGUUUCCAGGCCAAGGCUGCUAUGCAGGUGGUAAAUGGAGAGAAGGUACAGGCAGCCCAGUCCUGCCUGGCCAGCUCCAUCCAGGGUCUAUUCAGGCCUUGAAUUCAGUUCAUCUCUGAGCUGUGCCUGCUGCUGCAGGGGUGUGGCACCCCUCUGUGAAGCAGAGUCAACCUGGAGGGAGUGUUGAUUGAUUCACUGAAGUCAAAAGUAUUGUUCCUAACAUUCCAUCUUCAGUGGUUUUGCUCAGCUUGGGAAAUCCAUAUCUCAGUGUCACAUGUGACCAAGGAAAGGGAUUGGAUGUAUAACAGCAAAUAAAAGUGAACACAGUGGUUUCAUUGGCCAAAGAAGGAUCCUCUCCCCCUUCCCACUGGGGAAGAGGUAAAGUCACUGGUGCCUAUGUUAAAGCUGAUCCCCAAAUCCCUGAGGUAUUUGCACACAUCUCCAGGACUGCUUGCAGAAUUUAGGGGUACAGGGUAAAUGCAGGGAAAGGCUGAGAAACCCAUACAUAUACAGAUGGUCUUAGUCUAGAACAGAUUGGGAAAGGGGUACCCCGGCACCUCCUGCAGGACUCCCAGUAAGUAACUAGGGAGAGAUGGACUUCACACUAGCCAAUAAAAGCACUUUGAGAAAAAUUGACACUUCAGCUUGGCUCCACAUUCUCCUCCAUUAAAUAUGGGUGUCCUUUGUGUGAGGUGCUAUCAAAGAGACUGGGUCAGGGGGCUGAUGUGAGGGAGAAAAAAGAGGAGCCUUCCAAGGUAGUAGCCAUGGCAGGAGACCCUGCAGAUGGCCAAUUCUUUACUGGCCUCUUGGCUAGAAGCCCUAGAAACGGUGCAAUGGGUUUACAUCUUGGUAUGCACUUUUGUAAAGAUUAAAAACAGCCUAGCCAAUUGCAAUGGUUUGUGGAACAAAUCAUUUAACUAUAAGCCAUCUCAGAGAAAGAGAGAGAGAGAGAGAGAGAGAGAGAGAGAGAGAAACCAUGGUUUCUUACUUGCUAUGUGACCUUGGGCCCCUGUUUCCUGAGCUAGCAAAUGAGGCUGUCAGUGAUGCUCAUCCUGCAGCUGGGGGAGCCCAGAGUCUGCUCUCUGGCUGGCUCAGGGGGAGAGGAGACUGCAAGAUCAUCCUCCUCAAUAGGAUGAGACCUACACAGUCCUGGCUGAGUUGCCUUACUGAGAAGGCCAACUCCCCAGGACAAAUUCAAGCCAUAGUUUCUUUGGGGGAUGGUAAGGAAUUAGCCCCCCUUCUGGGCUAGGUCCAGUUUCUCAUUAGUCUUGUCAUCAUCCCCACCGAACAGCUUUUAAUCUGAAUGUUGUGACCACUUGGCUGUCUCUCUCUUGCUUGCAGACAAUAUUAGCAAUACAUUUGUUUUUCCCAAACAGCUUAACUUGGGCACUUUUCACACAUUGCUUUCAAAUGAUUGUAAAACACAUGCGGCAACAGGAGGCACGGAUCACACUGCAUAUGUUUAAGGGCAGCUUUUGUUUUUUGAAUCUUUAAUGGUAUAGCAGCAGUGACUGGGCCUUUGAUUUGAGGGGACAGAUUUUCACAAAGUCAUUUCAUCAGAAUGCCUUGCACAUUGGGAAGAGUUCAGAAAUCCUAAUGCCCCAAUUAGGGGUUUGCCACUUAAGAGUUUUGCAGGUGGUCAGUGUCUAUGCUGUGCAAUAGAGUGCCUAAGAGGUGUUCAUACAGCUAAAACCCCUCCGUGAUGUUGUUUUUGUUUUUGUCAAAGGAAUCUCUGAGGAACCCUUAACAAGCCUCCUUUCUCUCUUUGCUGGCCUUGGGUAGUGUCCUUGAGGAGGGGAUUGGUCAGCACUUUGCCUUAUCAACAUGCGGGCGCCAUCUAGUGGCCAAAGACUGCCCACCGGCCACCCUGAUGGAAGGCAAAAUGAAUCCCUUUGGCCAGCCACCAUGCCCAGCCACCACACUAACUUGAGCAUGAAACAGUGACGUGACUGAACUGUCUGUGGGUUCAGCACGAGGUCAGAAAAUUCUGUACUCAGCCACCCAGAUGCUCAUACAGUAUGAGAGACGAGGGCGAACCCUGUGUUCAGGUACCCCGGAGAGGUUUACUGUAACUGCAAUACUGGCAGCCCAGCUGCCAAUCUUGUUCAGUGAACCUCUACCAGGUGGCCCACAUUGUACUUUUGGGACAAACGAAGAGAUUGGGUGUGAGGAUUGGGGGAAAAGGGGCCCUGGCCGUGACCUUUGAUAUGGUCCACUGAAUAGCCAAACAGGUUUUGUUUUUAUUUUUUGGUUUUAUAUUUUAAAGUUUUGUCACAUGUUUUUGUGUUAGGAAUAAAAAGUCAUAAACUAUCCCCACCUUGGUUUCUUGGGAUGUUCUGAUUCCACCUGAAACAAGCUGGAACUCUGUAGGGGCACAUGGUCUGGAGAUAUGUGGGACAGCACAGUGAGUCACUGUAUUUCCAGAUGGUUGCUGGAGGAGAUGACCAUCCACAAGUCCCACUCAGUGCAGUUUGCUCCAGAAAUUCACACCUGCCCCCUCGCCUGCCUCCAGUGUCCUGUAAGCCUUGGCCUGGACACCUGCUUCUGCUAGAGGCAGCUGCUGAGGUUGAAGCCAAGACACUAUCCAGCUCCCUGAGCCCUAGGUUUCAAGAGACAGUGUCUAUAGCUAGCCUUAAUUGACUGGGCAAGGUGGUCCCCAGGUCCCUUCCAGCAUUUCCAAAUCUUGGACUCAAAAUCCCUUUUUCUCUUGGUAUGACCAUACAGCCUAGAGAAUUCUGAGCAAUAGGGAGCCAGGGCUUUCCCUGGCUCUGCGACAGGGUCAAGCCAGGGAAUGGCUAAACUUGAGAGGUUUUGUCAUACCCAGGGGCGCUACUGUAGGGGGCAUUAUGUAUUAGGAAGCUCAACAAGGUAACUGCAGCCCUGGGGUAUGUGAGUGUCAGGCUGUGAGAGUGUGUGUGUGUGUGUGUGUGUGUGUGUGUGUGUGUGUGGUUACAUUGAUGCAUUUCUUGAGAAAAGUGCAAGAAUUUCACCUACACAGAGGGACACAUCUGCUUUGUUAUUUAUAAUAGAGAGCUAAAUUUUAAUUUUUUAAAGGACACUGCUAAUGAUUGGGAAUCGAGUUUUUAGUUUUGCUAUUUUUUUUAAUUGGUAGAGGAUUUUUAUAUAUUUUUUCCAUUUUGUUGGGUUGUGUCCUUAUUUAUAUAAAUACUUUAUCUGUGAGAGGCAAGGAAGAGCCCUUCUUUGCUUUUAAUUAUUGUGGUUGUCAUCGUCCCUGUUUUAUUUCUGGUGUGAUUUAUCUGUCUUACCUUCUAAAUGAGAAACUGUUUUCCUGUAUUUGUACAUUGUCAGAUUCUAUAGUUUCAUAGAUAAUUUAACCAAAUUGCUCUAUGUAUUAUUAUUCUGUGAGUAUAAAGUUCUAUUUUAACGUCUGUAAAUACUUCAGAACUGGCUUCUUUCCUCCAGCUCCCACCUCGGAGCUAUUGUUUACAUCACAAAAACUGUAGAAUCUCUAUGCUCAUGUACUGUAAAUAGUGAAGUGAUCUGCUUAUAAAUAAACUUAACAAAUACACUAUGGAGAUUAAAAAGAAAAUACUA